AUGGGACGUUCCUGUGGAAUUCGAGUCUAUUUUAUUUCAUCUUUUUUUUUAUUUCUUUUUCCUUUUUUUUACCCCGCGAUAGUCUUGUCCGCAACGUCCACCACCAAGUUUUCGAUCCUCCGUUCAGCGAAUCCUGUACCUCUCCAUACUCUACCUGUACCUUCCCUCCGUUCAUUCUCCACGUCACCUUGUCGCCGAUCCGCCAUCAUGUCCAUCAUUGAAACCAUCCCCAUCGAUCACGUGCCUGCUGAUCAUACCGUUCACAUCGCCUUCUUCAAGGACAUUCAGAAUGCUGGGUUCCUUCACUCGCAGCUAUUGGCUCGUAAUGCAGAGUUCGAGUAUGCUUUAAUCGAUGCUUCUGUGGCUGUUUCUCGAACUCACAUCCUCGCUGCCGCCUUCAAGGCUGUGACCGCAAAGGUGGAUGGUAGUCUCAAGACCCCAAACGUCCACUCCGAGCUUGUUGCCUCUCUCAGCUCUGCCAACAAUAUCGCAGAAGCAUACCGCCGCUACGGUAUCAGCCCGUCGAGCAAAGACGUCAUCGCCGUCAAGAUCGUGUCCCCCUCUCCCGCCGGUUCCAAGUCACUCCUCGCCGAGGAUGUCGAGAAACAUCUCAAUGAGAACUUCCAGGGUACUCCCGUGCCCUUCACGGACGAAUCCAUUGCCACCUCCACCGACUGGGCCAAGGUGCGCAAGUACUACAAGCUGAAUGGCCUGCCGUGGCUGGAUGCCAUCAAGGACGAAGCAGAGCGCAAGGAACAACUCGAGACUCUUGUUCUGGGUGCCAUGGCCUUGCGCACGGCGUAA